AUGGCAGUCGGUAAGAUAACCUUCACCAAGACCGAGAGGGAGAAACUAGCCGAAGUCCUCUGGCUGCUCAACUGGAUCUCUGUUCUGACUGGAGUCAUUCUCUUCGGACUGGGCUUGUUUCUCAAAAUAGAGAUCCAGAAAUGGCAGGAAGUGAUGUCAGAGCAGGGGAUCCUCUAUGUGCCCCAUAUGCUGAUCACCACAGGCCUGGCAGCCUGCGGCAUCAACUACCUGGGCAGCAAGAUCUGCCUGGACUGCGCCGACACCAACAAGUUCCUCCGCUGGAAGUUGGUGAUGAUGCCGUACAUCGUCUGCACCUUCUGUUUCACUGCCUGCGUCCUGGCGGGGGCGCUGCUGUGCUACACUAUUCGCAGUCAGCUGGAGCAGUCCCUGUACCUGGGCCUGAGGAGCGCAAUGCGUUUCUACAAGGACACAGACACACCUGGCCGCUGUUACCUGAAGAAAACCCUGGACAUGCUGCAGAUCCAGUUCCAGUGCUGCGGGAACACCGACUACCGGGACUGGUUCCACAUUCAGUGGAUCAGCAGCCGAUACCUUGACAUGACCAACAGCGCCGUGGUGGACCGCGUGAGGAGUAACGUGGAGGGGAAGUACCUGAUGGAUAGCGUACCCUUCAGCUGCUGCAGCACGCUGUCCUCCAGUCCCUGCAUCCAGCACAACCUCAGCAACCCUGCAGCCCAUCGACACUACGACCAGCAGAGCCAGCAGCUCAACCUGUGGAGGAGGGGCUGCCAACAAGCCCUGCUGGACCACUACACUGGCAUCAUGCAGUCCAUCGCACUCACGGUGCUGCUCAUUUGGCUCUUUGAGUUGCUGGUUCUGACUGGAGUCCGGUAUCUGCAGACAGCGAUGGAGAACGUCAUCAGGCUUGGCGACCCAGAGUCUGAGUCAGAGGGCUGGAUUCUGGAAAAUAGCCUGGCAGAAACAGCUUGCUACAAUUUCAAUAUCAUCAAGAACCUGGGAAAGUGUUACCAGGUGGAUGAAGACCCGAACAUUAACAUCCCAACCGCAGCUGCAGACCAGGAGGUUCCACCCCUCCAAGUCCGAGUCAGUGUGACCAGCUGA